AUGUCAUCCAAAGCCUGGAAUGCUGCUACUGGUGACAAAUCCCCUGAGCUUGAGAGGCAAGUGGAGUCCUGUGUUCUGGAACAGCCCACUGCUGCUGCUGCCUCCUGCAGAUCUGUGCUCGCACAGGACAGUGCAGUGGCAUUCUCACACCUGGGUGAGAGGGGCAGCAGUGGAGAGGAGGAGGCAAUGGGUGGCCGGUCCACACCAGUGACUUCCACCUGCUUCUGUCCUCUGGGCAAAAGGAGUCAAAAUUUAACUUCAACAACUCAAAUUGAUGAGUUAGUAAUAAAGACUUGGUUCAAGAACCAGCGCAUCAAAAGGAGGAAGCAGCAGCUACAAAUCUGGCCAAGUCUAGCACUAGAAGCACCUAACCAAAUCAUUUCAGUAAAGGAGAACUCUUUAUCUGUAACUUCUACAAGCACUCAUCCCAUUAGUCCUGGCAUUGUGAAUGUCUAUGAUCAUGAACCAACUAAAACUUCUUUUAUUGAGCAACCUGGAGGGACUGGUGCCUAAGUGUGGAAUGCAUCAUGGGAUUCUCAGCCUCAUGAUCUCCAACAGAUAUGUUUGGGGUCUGAUCUUCCCUGGGCCUCCAUUCCCUGUGACAUAGAUCAGUUUACUCUGUAUUACUAACCCGUGGAUGAUCAACCCAACAGUCUAGGUCAGUCCCUCUUCCCACAGUGUCCUGGUCAAGGGGGAGAGAACAAGCAAGCAGAGACCAGCAGUGAGUGGAGGCAGCAGCUGGGGGCUAUUCCAUAG